UGAUAUGUUUGUUAUUUGAAAAAACCCUGAACCUUUCACUUUAAAGUGGAGUUCCACCUAUAAAAAAAAAAAAAAUAAAAAAGGCUUUUAUUUACCUUAAAGUGCUACUAAACCCCGGACCCUGCAUUCACUAUGUCUGGUCUCCCCGGACCCUGCAUUCACUAUGUCUGGUCUCCCCGGACCCUGCAUUCACUAUGUCUGGUCUCCCUGGACCCUGCAUUCACUAUAUCUGGUCUCCCCGGACCCUGCAUUCACUAUAUCUGGUAUCCCCAGACCCUUCAUUCACUAUGU